AUGGGGUAUUUUCGGAUACCCCCAGUUAUAUCGCGCGCUGUGCGAAUUUUUGCUGUAACGGAAUUUAAAAAAUACAAAAUGAAGAUAAAAACCGAGAUCCUGGUACAACCUUCAGGGGAGAUUUGGAAAAAGACGCGAGCUGAGCUGAAUGAAGACAUCGCCACAAGGGACAAGGACUUGGCCACCAUCAAAGAGUGGCUCAGAAAGCAACCACAUUUGCCCGACGAAUGGGAGGACGGACCUUUGAUGACCUUCCUACGAGGCAGCAGCUACUCCCUGGAGAAGUGUAAGAGGAAACUCGACAUGUACUUCACCAUGAGGGCCGCAUGUCCAGAGUUCUUCGCCAACAGGGACCCGACUAGCCCCGAGCUUGACGAUAUAUUUUCUACUAAAGUACAAGGGCCACCACUUUCUGGUCUGACGCCAAACGGAAGAAGAGUCACAAUAUGUAGAGGUAUCCACCAGAACCUUACCACGGCAGAGAUUAUAGACACCUUGAAGCUGGCCCUGAUGAUCGGUGACGUCCGACUCACCGAGGAGAGGGAAGGGGUGGCCGGGGACAUCUACGUGCUGGACGCGGCCGUGCUAGGACCGAGUCUCCUGGCUAAACUAUCCCCUGCUACCAUCAAGAAAUUCAUGAUCUGUAUACAGGAAGCGUAUCCAGUGAAACUUAAGGAAAUCCACAUCAUAAACACUUCGCCUAUUGUAGAAAGAUUUGUAAACUUCGUCAAACCAUUCCUUAAGGAGAAGAUCAGGAAAAGGAUAUUCAUUCACAAAGAAGUAAAGGACUUAUACAAGUACAUUCCACAAGAAAUGUUGCCCGUGGAAUAUGGCGGUCCUUGCGGUACCAUGGAUGAAAUACAAGAGCAAUGGAAGUACAAGCUGAACGAGUACCGCGAUUGGUUCUUAGCCCAAGAAUCAGUCAAGGCAGACGAGUCGCGACGCCCCGGCCGGCCAACCAACUACGACGAAUUGUUCGGCAUUGACGGCUCCUUCAGACAACUCGCCAUCGACUGA